AUAUACAUACAUGUACAUACAUAUACAUAUAUAUUGUUUUUACAUUUAUAGAUUUUACAUGUCAAUCAACUUCUUUAGAUACUUAUUUUCCAUGUCUGAAAAAUGAUGGAAAGCAAUGUUUACAAUUGUGUUGACGGCGAGAGGGAGCGGCAAUUCAGAUGUAGCCUCGCCUCAUAUUCCUUUAUUUAAGCGAUAAUUAACAACGAAAUAGAAUGCAGACUGCAUCGAUUCUCUCCAUGAAGGACCUUGUUGUGUCUCACAGCCAACUUAAAGGCUGUGAUAUGGCAUUAGUAAAGACGUCCCAGGGACUGUACCUGAAGUGGCAGCCACAUGGAGGUGAAGGGAAAGCAAGUAGCACAGCGGGUGCUUUCUUGACUGAUGGCAAGACAUGUGGAAAUCUAUACCCUGUCAGUUUAAAUGAUAAAGUGGAGAAAGCAGUAUUUGGUACCAGUGACAACAGCACCAGUGCACAGAGAGGACCUAAACAUGCUUUGGUUAUGUGUGAUACAGGACUCAUUGUCGGUGUCAACGCAAGGGAGCCUGGUGUGGUUUUCUCCUUGUGCCAUAUUGCAGAGCCGCCAGUAUGGUGUGGUACUCUGAAAGCUGGUGAUAUUAUGCUACUCGCUGUAGUUGGCAAAAGUGGAACAGUCUAUACUGGUCAAGCAAGUGGAUCAUCCAAAGUUUCGUGGUUUACCAAAUCCCUCCCAUAUAUGGUGCUGAGCUGCUGUGCCCAUAAUGAUGCACUUGUUCUCUGUGAUGGAUUCAGCUCUUGGAUAUGCCGUCUCUCUCUUGAUUCAAGACAGUUUCCAGAGUUUAGACAUCAUAAACUACCGUAUGUGGGCAUCAUUAGAAUUAUGGAAAGGGAUAAGGACACCGUGGAAUUGGCAACAUGUGAUGGACGUAAAUAUAAUGUCACUUGGAGUUCACUGAUUUCUAAGGGCAAAGAAGAGGCAAAAAGUGAUACUAAAACGAAAAAUGACGGUGCCCCAUCAUCUAUCAAGGAAACUAUGAUGGGGAUCAAGAGAUGUUCGGAGAGAAUGGAAGUGGAAGGCAAACAUAUUCACAAUCUAAAUCUCUACAUAAAACAAUUGAAUAUAUUAUCAUUCCUUUUAACGGAUUCAGAAGAAUGUAUGUUUUCAGCAAGUGUUAGAGUUGAGCAACAAACUAUAGGGCAGGUGGUGUCUUACAGUGCUUUGAUUGAAUUUACGAACAAGAAAGUUGGAUUUGAAUUAGAGGGUAAAUGGUGGGCACUGUGUAUCUCUGUUCCGACACUAAAUGGCAGGCAUUAUGAAUUAGUCAGACUUGAUAGUCACUCUUUCACACCAAGCUGUAUUGUUACAGUUCCUUUGCGUGAAGUGGAUUGGAAUCAAAAUGUCAAGACUGUUACAAUGAAGUGCUACCUUGUAUUAGAUCAUUUUGAUAUGUCUCGUCCUCUCUGCCAAGUGCCGGUCUGUGAAGCAGAGGUUGAUAUACUACAUUUCCUUACUACUCAUCGGGUACUGAAUAAAGGAAUCUUAACCUCCCCGGGCUUUACUGAAUCUAUUGAGAAGUUGUCAAAAGGAAGACAAAGUAAUCCAGCUGAAAAUAUACAAAGCAAAGUAUCUUCACUGCCUUGUAAAGU